UACAACUCGGCCGCACUGCUGGGUGCGAAGUACUCUAUACUGAGCGAGUGGCCGCCAGUUCAGGAGGACCAGUCGAUGCGGACGAUCCAAGUGGCAAGGAGUCGCAGGCAUACAGCAGUGACUUUGCGGAACAGGCUUCUUUUCACGUGGAAAUAUGUUACUGGAUGAAAAGCGUGUGACUGGUGAGCUUCGUGGGUAGGAAGUGUACUAGAAGGGAGUGAACUAGUGGAAUGAUACGUGGAUACUAUCAUUGUGAUCGGUAAAUCGGCACACAUUUUGGCUGCGAUCGCCAUCGUUCACUAGCGGGUUUGUGAAGACCGUUGUGUAACUCGUAUUAAUGUUCCUGGCCGCCUAGUACCGUGGCAGUGACAUCAGCGACUCUUGGUGGUGGACAGUGAUGUAUGACUUGUGCAUGGCCAGGAAACGCCCACGCACUGAAGGACUGCGAUGGGCACUGGUGACGUCGGCAGCGUUGCUGGUCUGCUUCUGCGUGCACCGCACGUGGUACACACGGUCGGUCUUCUGGGAAGACGACGUGGCGGCGGCGAGCGCGCCUUACGCGUAUCGCUUCUCCAGCAACAACCAUCCUUUCCCUGGCGUCGCGCUGUCCGAGGUGAGCGUGAAGUGCUUACCACGUGGCGCCGCGACCGUGCGCGCUGGCGGCCGCCUGGGGAACCUCAUCAUGGAGUUCCUCUCCCUCUGGACGGCUGCGCGCCUCCACAACCUCACCGCCUUCGCCCCGCCGCAGCUGCGCGAUCGCCUCCACGAGGUGUUCGAGCCGCUGGGUGUGCCGGACAUGCUCGAGUUCCUCUCGCAGUCGGGGUGCCCCGAGGACGCCUUGGAGGAGGCUGGCCGGCGCCUCUUCAAGGUCGACCUAGAGACGGAGUCGCUAGCGGAGGUUGUCGCACACGCCAAGGAGCUGCACGUGCCCAUCGUCUUCGAUGUAUGGAUCAUCCUACCGGAGACGAUAAUUCCACUGGCUGCCGACGUGAGGCGCCACUUCCGCUACCGGCCGAAGCUGCGCGAGUACGCAGAGAACAAAUUGCGGUCACUCAGGAGGACCGUUCUCGAGACCAGUCCUAACGUCAAGGAGGUGGUGUUCGCGGGGGUGCACGUGCGGCGCACCGACUACGCGGAACACCUGCGCCUGCUCUACAACUCGGACCGGCCGGCGGACGAGCGCUACUACGGCCGGGCCGCCCUCUGGCUCAACUCCACGGUGGUGCCCUCAGGUGGCGAACUUGUGCUGGUGGUGGCGUCCGAUGACCCGUACUGGGUGCAGGUUGUUCUGCUGCCACACCUGCGAUCCCUGGGUCUGCGACAUACCUUCCUAGUGGGGGAUGGCGUGCUGGACGAGCCGGAGUGGGAUCUGGCACUACUGUCCAGCUGCAACCACUCUGUGCUCGCCUAUGGCACCUUUGGUCUCUUUUCAGCCCUAAUGACUGGUGGGCGCGCCGCCGUCUACCACCUGCAACGGGGAGACGCCGUGUCGCCUGCCAUGCAGUUCGCACAGCACAUUCCUAGUUGGGUCGCCAUCUCACAGUGAGGAUCUUAAGAUGGAGGACCUGAGGGGCAGUAGGCAUGUCACCACUAGCACCACAAUGCUGCCAUUUCACGCAUCAUACAGUUCGCUAAACACGUUUCUGACUGGGUUGCUAUCUCGCAGUUAGAAACUCGAGAUGGUAUCUUUGACGGACAGUGGGAGUACCAUCUUUAACUCUCCAUAUAGUUCACCCAGGAAACAUUAGACUCAACGUGCUAAUACUUCUCCAUGAUGCCACUAGGAUGUG